CAGAGAACUGAUGAUGAACAAGUCAGCGAAAUUUUUGAGUCCAUAUCUGCAAUCAAUGACAGUAGUGUCAUGUCGAAAUUAGCAAGUAAAUUGCUAUCCAAUGAACUGUUUGUACAAUCAGUACAGGAAUCACUUGAUGUGCCAUCUGUCAUUAACAGUGCAGUCCAACCUCUCACAAACCUGAUCGAUAAAUUAACUUCCCGUGUCGAAGACUUAGAACAAUACAGUAGGAGGAACUGUUUAAAAGUUUCAGGCAUUUCCGGUGGUGGUGUCAACACAGAUGAAAAUACAGAUGAUCUCCUUCUAAAACUAUUUAACACCAAGAUGGGUCUAAAUAUAAAUAAACACGACAUCUCAAGAUCGCACAGGGUAAUGCGCUAUGGUCAACCAUUCAACUCGGGUAAACCCAAUGACAUUAUUGUUCGAUUCAAUUCGUACAGGACCAGAGAGUUGGUGUACAGAGCGCGGUUCUCCCUGAAGGAUCAACAUUCUGGUACUCAUCCCAAUCACAGAAUCUUCAUCAAUGAGGCUCUCACGAGUCAAAGAGCCCUACUUUUUCGUGACGCUAGAGAUCUAGUUAAGAAAGGUAUGGCCCUCAAGGCUAUCACUGUUGAUGGGUCCAUCGUAGUUACUGAUAGAAAUAACAAGAAACACAAAUUCACAACAUCUUCUCGUAUGAACUCCAUAUUUCCUCUGCCGGUCACUGAAUUCCCAUCCAAUUCCUCGUACGCAUCAGCUGCCAAGACCAAUCUCGUUCCGAUGUCGACCAGUACACCUGUUGUCGGCAAGCUGCAAAUGGAUGUUAUCCGCGGUCGUGACGGUAAUCCGCUAUCAGCCUCCAUCAAACCAGUAACUCCCAAAUAACUUUUGACACAUGUUUACUUGGUUGACUGACUACCAUGUGCUGCAGCCUCGUUUUGACUAUAGUAAACAUUCUGACAUAUCCUCUAAAUAAGAAUGUUUUGUUCUGUUCAAAUAUGUUCAUUUUAGUUUGAAUAUCCAUAUUAUGUUAAUAUGUAUCAUGAUAUCAUAUUAUUAAU